AUGUCAGCGGCCUUGUUAUGCGUAUGCAUACUUGCCGCAAUCGUGCGCAUUCUGGUCGCGUAUGACAACCAGCGUGUACCAGACCUGCCAGAUGGCUUGAAUAUCAACGCAAUCGUCCCACUCCUGGCAAGCUUUGCCAAAGCUGCACUCUUGGUCGUCGUUGCUGCUGCGCUUCGGCAGGAGAAGUGGCUCUGGUUCAUAGACAAGCCACGACCUCUCACCACGGUCGACGAAUUCGAGGAAGCCAGUCGUGGUCCUUACGGCUCAGCUAUGCUCAUAUUGAGCCGCCGAGGAAGUAUUCGCGCUCUGCUUGCUGCUUUGGUCACCGUCCUUGCUCUCGGCUUCGAGCCGUUCCUGCAACAAGUCUUGAACACAGUUGUCCGGGAGACUGCCAUUGUUUCCGAACCGGCUUCAAUCCGUACCCCAACUUCAUACAGUGAACCAGUUAUUGGAAACCUGGGAGACUCCGGACUGUCUCUUCACGCGUUGAUUGGCGCGUUUGGCGGUGCCACAGGCGCAGUACCGCCUCCUUUAUGCUCUGGUGGAAAUUGCACGUGGCCGGCAUACGACACCCUUGCUAUGUGUACGCGCUGUCAGGACAUGACAGCCAAAGUCAAACUGAGUGGAGAACCCCUACAAUAUCAACCUCAACACCGCAUCUCGAGAAGUUUUCUCAAGGAAACGGCACUUCCUCCACCAGCAGCUGGACGCCCAGCAUUUGGAAGCAGCGUCCAGUGGGCCGUCAGCUAUCCUCGCCGCGUGGUGUGGCCACUGAACAUUGACCGGACACCUGACAGCCACUGGGGAUACAGCUGGGACAACAAAUCCUACGGAGGGGUCGACUCCCCACUGUUCGCCAUGGGUUACCUGGACUUGAACCUGACGGCAGAUUCGAGCAACUCGCGGAACGGAGCGGUAAUCUCGUAUGCGACAUCCACAAAUUAUGGCACCAUAGUUACCGGCGAAAGCCAACCCGACGGCCGUGUCCUGACAGGCUGGAACGUAACCAUCAACGGAACAAACUACUCUAUCCACGACGCCGGGAAUGACGACUCCCAAGGACGAGCCUUUCUGCUCAUCCAGGCUUUACGCAUCGCGCUCGAAGGAAAUACCACGUAUAGCCACUCGGGCUACUGGUACGCAAACCCUUCGGAUGGAGAAGCAUUUGACUUCGACUCGACCGGCUCUUCCCAGGCGUACGGCGGACCCUGGAGCUCCGCAGGCCAACAAGCGAUCGACGGGAACGGAGACUUCAGUGCCGUGGUAGACGGAGUCGGCCGAGCACUCACGGGCCGCUUCCAACAACUCGAGGACAGCGUCGCCAUUGGCACCACACUGCAGAGUGAGGCAGUCGUCCUUGUCCGCUGGGAAUGGAUCACCUACCCCCUGGCGCUGACGGUCCUGGGCCUCGGAGGACUGCUGCUCACCAUCCUCUCCACGCAUCACCAGCACAUGGCCGUCUGGAAGGAAUCAACUUUACCACUGCUAUACAGAUAUACCAGUUCUGCCGCUGUAGGAGCGGACAACAGCACAGAUGGACACGCGCACGCGCAAGCCCUCAACGGUUACGGUGUCGAUACCGGCGCCCGUGCCCGUGCCCACCCACUUCCUCGCACAACCACCGCCUUGACCUUAAGUGGCGCGAUUCCCCGACCCGAGUCCAACCGCGUCAGUUCCAUCGUCACCCAAGCAUCUGGGGAGCAAGUGCAACUCCUGAGACGCGAUUCCUUCUGGGUCCUCGACCCGACAACUUCCUCCGCUCCCACCUCCACCUCCACUUCCCGCGUGCCAAUGGUCCCUAUCGAGAGCGCGGGCCAGGACCGGGACCAUGACCACACGACUUCGGCAUCGCGAUUGGUGCCCUCAUCAUCAUCAUCAGUAGGCUAUUCACAGGGGUUUCGCAUGCAGGAUUUGCACCUAGAUUUCGAUCCUCCUCGGCCACGAGAACCCGCGCGGGACCAAAGGCGGGGACGGGGACGGGGACGGGAUCGAUGGAUCUAA